UAUGAAGGAACAGGAUGUAAAUUACCUUUUAGGUGUUACACACAAUUCAUUAAUUGUUAUAGCUAUAGUGUGAUAAUGUUUGAUUGAGAACAAGUUGACUUCCAAGAAUCUGAUAUUUAAGACUAGCUAAUUACGCCUGAAACCUGUUCAGAAUGGACAACCCUCUUAGUUACGAAAACGCUCCUACUUCGAGAGAGUACAAGUAUAAAACUUACAUGCAGAUGGUCGCACAUUGGGCGCAGUUGUAUCCAAACAAAGAAGCGUUUGUAGAAUAUGACGCAAAUGCAAAGAGACAUUCUAUAACGUGUCAAGAGUUGUUGGAAAAGAGUAAAUCUUUUGGGAGGUAUGUGGCCAGUAUUGGAAUCCAAAAAGGUGACGUGGUUGCGUUCUGCAUGGAAAACACCUUGAAUAUGCUAAUUGCAAUGUUUGGUGUACAGUUUGCUGGAGGAAUACCCUUUUCAACGUUGCAAGCUAGAGCGGAUGGAACUGACGUUAUAGAUGCGAUUCGAGUAGUGAAUAUUAGGAUGGUUUUGGAACAUCUGACCCCAUUUGACCUUUUGACCACUUCUAAAAAACUAACCAAUGCCGGACAAUUUAAAAAAUCACUACUGAUUCGUGACCAAAAUUCCAAACUGCUUGUAAUGGACGCUAAACAAGGAGAACAAAGCUGGCAUCUGUUAGAGAACAUACAGUCAUCUCAAAGAUGCGUUUCCCUUCUUGACGUCAUCUACAAUAAUAAUGCCCUCGAGCUUAUUCAUUUGAACUUUAAAGAAAAAGAGAGCCGUGUUGUCAGUUUAACAAAUACACCGGAAGUAACUCUUCCGGAUAUCUAUCCUGAAGAUUUAGUUGUGUAUUACAAAUCAUCCGGCAGCACCGGUGAACCAAAACUGAUAGGGCAUACUCAUCUUGGAUUUCCCGGUAGUACUUAUCUACUCAAGGACUGUUUUGAAAUAGACAGCCACUCCAGAUAUUUCUGUGACAGGCCGCUUGGGUGGAGUGGAGGGGCACCAAAUAUUUUCAUCGCUUUUGGAGCAACACGAGUAAUCGUUGACAGUUCAUUGUCAAUUCAGAAAAACAACAUAGAUUUUCUGUCUGACAUCAUAUAUCAAGAGAAGUGCACACACGUGUAUCUACCUGGUUAUCUCGUCUCGGACCUUCUUAGAAGUCGUGGAAAUGAGACCAAAUUUUCUACUGUCAAAGUUAUUAAUUUUGGCUCAGAAAGAUUCUCAAAGCGAUUUACAGAAUUGCUGGGCCGCUUUUGUAAGAAAUUGGUCAUUUAUUAUGGGUUAGCAGAGUCAGCCGAAAUAUCAGCUUUUUCCUCCCAUAAUCCUGUAGAGUAUGAGGAUGGCAUUAUUGGGAAACCUUUACCUGGAAUGGAGAUGAAAGUUGUUGACGAACAUGGAAAUGUUGUGCCACGGGGACAGGUAGGAGAGUUGCAUGUCAGGAGCGUUUAUAGAUUCAUAGAGUACAAAGAUAUGCGGGAAAAGUUUUUAGAUACAGUUGACAAAGGAAAUUGGCUUCACACUGGCGAUAUGGCGCAUAUACGAGCAGAUGGCAACUUUAUUUUACGUGGACGAAUAAGCGAACGAAUGUCUGUUGGUACUGUGAAGAUCUUUUCUCAAGAAAUCGAGAAAAUCUUAAUCAAUUGCUCGGAAGUAGAGGCCGUCGUAGUCGUACCGGUUCCUGACGAAAGAUUACACCAUGCCAUAUGUGCUUGCAUCGUGCUAUCGAAGAUAAAGCGUGUUGUCGUAAAGGAUAUGCACACAUAUUUCGACCAUCUAUGGGCUGACUUCGCUUAUAUCAAGCCGAAGUACUAUAUUGCGUUUGAGGAAUUUCCGGGAAAUGCAAAUGGUAAAAUUGACAGGAAAAAAAUUGCAAUGAUAGCUGCAUCGCAACUAAAUCUUUGUUGAAAAUGUCACAACAAGAAACAUGCUUAUCAGAUUAUCAGAUCACCUGCAGAUAACUAUCAUUCUUGUCAGUUCGUCGUCCUUUCAUGUCUUCUUCUUCCGAUACAUAUAGGUAGGGAAAUUACACCUUACAUGGUAAGCUCUUUAUGUAAAAUUGGCUAGCGACAUGAAUGAAAUAUUUUAAUUAUGAUGAAUAAUGAUGUAGUUAGAGGUUUGGAGAAAGCCUUUGACGUACUGCCGUUACUUGAUCGUCGUUUUCGGCGUCGAUGUCGGCUUUGAGAAUUAUUAUUGUUUAUGUCCACUUUUUAUAAAAACACUUUAACAGCUGUAACUUUCAACUUAGCGAACAUGUUUAUAAUCAUUAGGUAUGUAAGUAUGCUAAGAAGCACAACUCUUGCAGAACGGUUCCAUUUUAUCAGAAAGGAUAGCAUUUGUGGACGUAACACAAAAACAAGACGUAAAAUUGCAAGGUUCGUGUCUACGAUUACUUGUUUUCUCGGGAUGAAGACGAGAGGAAAGACGACAAACUACCGAUUUCUUGUGAUUGUUAACCAUUUAUCUGGUAAAAUAUAUAUAUCUAUUUAGUGUCAUAUACUUGCAUCAAAAGGGACGCUAAAAUAUCUGACUUAAUUUCGUGACACCGCGUAAUGCGCCCAUAAUCUCAAGAGUCAAUGUUGCAACAUAUUCAAAUGAGGUCUAUAUGUGGAUUGUUUCUUGUGUGUGUGUGUGCGUGUGCGUGUGCGUGUGCGUG